AUGGAUGCUACGACUUCUAUGGAAACUGAGGUAUCAUCCUAUCGCAGAUUGGAUUUUGACAAGGUAGAUCAAAUUACCAAUGAUGAGGUUUCCACUCCACCAGUUUUAAAUGUGAUAAAAGAUGUAAACAAAAUUCAUGCAUCGAUUCCUCCUGAACUACUUCCGAAGAUGGGCAUGGAAUUUGAGAAUGAAGAAGAUGCUUGUAAUUUUUACUUAGCGUAUGCAAAGGAAGUUGGUUUUGGAAUCAAAAGAAGUAGCUUCCACAAAGAUAGCAAUGGUAGGCUCAUGGAUAGGGUAUUUUGUUGUAGUGCUGAAGGAAACGAGGAAAGGAUAAAAAAGAUCUCAAUAUCACAUAGAAAGAUAAAUUCUAUUCAUGCAGCUGAAAUUGAUAUGGCACACCAUGUGGGUAUAACACCAAAAGUUUCUCAUGAACUUAUGGCACUACAAGUAGGAGAACGGGAGAACUUAGGUUUCAUUCCUGAGGAUUACAGGAAUUAUUUACGUUCUAAACGGACAAUACAAAUGGAUGUUGGAGAUACAGGAAGCGUACUUGAAUAUUUGCAAAAAAUGCAAUUAGAGGAUCCUAAUUUCUUCUAUGCAAUUCAAGUGGAUCAGGAUGCUUUGAUUACAAAUAUUUUUUGGACUGACGGAUUAAUGAGGGUAGAUUAUGCAAGUUUUGGAGAUGUUGUUUGUUUUGACACGACGUACAGAAAGAAUAAUGAAGGCCGUCCAUUUGUUUUAUUUGUUGGAGUGAAUAAUCAUAAAUAG